UUUUAUUAUUUUUAAUUUAUUUUUUUUGAAAUUCAAAUGUAAUAUAAUACCGCUCAAUCAGCGUCCGUUGAAAUAAAACUACAACAGGAAUAACGCUCGUUAUGUUUCCUUCCUAAAACAAACGGCUCAUUUGCCAUAAUUCAUUCCCCUCUCCUAGGCUCCUUCAAAUUCGCUCUUAAACACACACACACACAUUCGAAAGGGCGUUACGCUUUCUGUAGGGUUUGAAUAAAUCUCGACCAACCUCUCGCCGGGUAAAGAAUUCUCCGACGGCGAAGUUGUAUUUUUGCGGCGACACUUGAAGUGUUCUCCAGUGACUGCAAAGGAUCAGAGAUAGUUGGUGACCUUAACUGAUCAAGAGUGGCAAUUGUUUCAACAUGUAUAAUUACCAAAAUAAUCAGCUUUUGCAUACAGAAACGCCGUGUGGAUCUCUCCUAUCUGAGCUACAGAAAAUUUGGGACGAAGUUGGCGAGCUUGAUGCUGAAAGGGACAGAAUGCUCUUCGAACUAGAACAACAGUGUCUGGAGGUUUACAGAAGAAAGGUGGAUCAAGCAAGCAAGUGUAGAGCUCAUCUGCGGCAAGCAUUGGCUGACUCUAAUGCAGAACUUACUUACAUAUGUUCUGCAAUGGGUGAGCGACCAGUACAUAUAAGGCAGUUUGAGCAGAGUGCUGGAAGCUUGAAAAAGGAGCUGGAAGCCAUUAUGCCCCAACUAGAGGAGAUGCGGAAGAGAAAAAGUGAGAGGAGGAGCCAAUUUGUCAAAGUUCUGGAUCAAAUACGGAGCAUCUCAAAGGAGAUUUAUAGAUCUACAGAAGAUGACCUUUGCACGACGGUUGUCGAUGAGAGUGAUUUGUCCUUGAAAAAACUAGAAGAACUACGCAGUCAGUUGCUUGCACUCCAAAAAGAGAAGAGUGACCGCCUAAAGCAGGUGCUAGAUCUCCUGAAUACAUUGAAUUCGCUAUGUGUGGUACUUGGUAUGGAUUUCAAGGUUACGAUUAGUGAGAUUCACCCGAAUCUGGAUGAUUCCAGUGGCACAAAUAACAUUAGUUCUGACACAAUUGAGAGGUUGUCUAAUGCAAUCUGUGGUUUGCAAGAAUUGAAGCUGGAAAGAAUGCAAAGGCUUCAAGAUCUUGCAACUACUAUGGUGGAGCUGUGGAGUCUGAUGGAUACACCUAUUGAGGAGCAACAAAUGUUUCAGAAUAUUACAAGGAAUAUAGUUGCUUCAGAAAACGAAAUUACUGAACCCAAUCUUCUCUCAGUGGAUUUCCUAAACACUGCUGAGGAAGAAGUGCUGAGGUUGCAACAGAUGAAAUUAAGUAAAAUAAAGGAGGUUCUUUUGAAAAAGAGGUCCAAUUUAGAGGAGAUAUGCAGGAAGGCACACAUGGUUGAUGAAGCACUUAACACAAUGGAUGUUUCAGUUGAAGCUAUAGAGUCUGGAGCAAUCGACCCUUCAUACUUACUGGAAUUAAUUGAGCUUCAGAUUUCAAAGGUUAAAGAGGAAGCUUUUAACAGGAAAGACAUACUUGACAAGGUUGAGAAGUGGUUGGCUGCACGUGAAGAGGAGUGCUGGCUUGAAGAGUACAACAGGGAUGAUAAUCGUUAUAAUGCUGGAAGAGGUACGCAUCUUAUUUUGAAGCGUGCUGAGAAAGCUCGGGCUCUGGUUAAUAAAAUUCCAGCAAUGGUGGAGGCAUUGACCUCAAAAGCAGUUGCUUGGAAGAAAGAAAGAGGAGUUGAUUUCUCAUACGAUGGUGUUCGUCUUCUUUCUUUGCUGGAACAAUACAGCAACUUAAAGCAGGAGAAAGAGCAAGAACGGCAAAGACACAGAGACAAUAAGAAGCUUCAGGGACAGUUGAUGACAGAGCAGGAAGCACUUUUUGGGUCAAAACCAAGUCCUUUAAACAGUGGGAAAAAGGUUUCUACAACUUCAACAGGGUGUGCAAGUAAUAAAAGAUUCUCGCUUGGAGGAGCUAUGCUUCAUAACCCUAAUGUUGGGAAAAGUGCUCUCCGUUCUCGUCCCAUAACAAAUGUGGUAGCUUUGCACUACAGUUCACGAAACGACCAUCAAUGUGGUAGCUUUGCAUCUCUGUCUUCUGGAAAGAAAAACCUGGAUGUCACUGGUCCUCCGGUAAAGCAGCACAACGUCAAUGCAUCAAAUGCACUUGAAAUUGAUUCGCCUUCAGUUCGUAAGCCCCUCUCUCCUGUAUGCUCUGCAUUAUCAUCUAAGGCCAACGCCGCAAAUAUGCAAGACCAGAACAAAUCACCAAAUGCACUUCAGAAAGCAAUCCCUAAUAACAAAAUGCUAGUUGCAAGUCCGGGUAAGAUUCUUUCCGGUGUUGAUGAGAACGAAACCCCGAAGAAGAUGCCAAUCCCAAUGCCAACAACUCCUUCAACAGUCUCGAGUGCAAUGCAGACAGCCACAACCCCAGCUACCCCAUUUGUUCAUGGUGGUGCUGAAGGUAUCGAAUACUCUUAUGAGGAGAGAAGAGCCGGCUUCAUCCUUGCUUAACCGCAUCCAUAGAUCAGUGUUGCAACUUGGAACUUAGCAACAAAGAAUGAGCUAGUAUAUCAAUCCUCUUGCAGUUUCCUUUAAGUAACCAUUCUGGUUUUCAUGGCUUCGUUUUUUUACUUUUGUAUAGCAUAACAAAUACUGAAGUAUUUUGGGACUUUUUAACAAAGUGCAAUAUGUUAAUGCAAAAGAUAAUUAAUUGAGUCUGGAAAUCUCUGCUAAUGUGACCAGAGAAUAUGAAAGGUUAUGAUUCCGAAUCCGAGAGAUUGGUUUUUGAUUGUUUUGGGGAAUAUAGGCUGGUUUUAAUUUCUGUGGUGGAUAUCAGGUUACUACCUUGUUUUUUUGUGAUUUUUUAUUGUAUUUUUCUUCUUUGUUCUUUUGGCGCACUAAUGUGAAUUUGAAGUGUGUAUAAAGUUGCUUGUCAAGCAAAUAGGUCCUCUGUAGCUUUACUUGCCUUUUUGGUUAGAAUUCAAGAUUUCUACUGAAUUUGCUUUGGCAAGUUUUAGCUUUAGUUUUAAAAGAUGGGUAAAUUUUGAUUUGGGAA